AUGUCUUCCAGCUCCACUCUAGCUGACAGGUUAGAAGAAUACGAAACAGAAAGACUUAUCAAUUUUUUGCGGGAAGAUUCUGAAUUAAGUCAUAUAGAACUUGGUGAUGGCUUUUUUACGAGACUUGAGGGGGAAAAUAUUACCGGUCAUUUAUUUCUCAAGUUAACCAGACAGGAAUUUAGAGAAUUCGGAAUGGGAUUGAGGCCAGCAUUGGAGCUUGAGGACUACAUUAAGAAGCUGUAUGAUCGAAGAGCAAGAUUGCAAAUAUUGCUUUGGAUUGGUCGUGAACAGGCCUCUGGUUUUACGUUGAUUGUUAUGAGAUGGACGAUUACGAGUCAUUGUUAA